CUGAUAAAAUGAUAUAUGUGGAAAAUCCUUUGAAGUAUUAGCUAAAUUCUAAGUGUUGAUUUAAGUAUCUGUCUUUUUAAUUUUCAAGAGGACUGCAUCUAGACUACCUCUAGACAAUUGUGAUAACUUCAUUUGGUGCUUUCUUACACAGGUUCUAUUUACUGGAUCAACAGAAGUCAUCCAAAAUGCCUUUCACUGAUGAGCAGAGCAGUGACUGUGAUUCUUCGCGAUCUUCAGAAAGUGCAACUUCUUCAUCUAGUGACUCUGAAUACUCAAGGCAGAGUUUUACCAGUGAUUCUUCAAGCAAGCCCAGUUCUCCAACCUCAACAAGCCCUCCCAAAAUGGUUACGUUUGAUGAAAUGAUGGCAGCUGCAAGGAAUCUGUCAAACUUGACUUUGGCUCAUGAAAUUGCUGUAAAUGAGAAUUUUCAUUUGGAACGCAUAGAGCAUCCACAGAACAGCUUGCCUGGAAGGGUUAAACAAAUUGUACAUAAAGCAUUCUGGGAUCGCCUGGAAGAAGAUUUGAAGGAAGAUCCUCCUGAGUAUGAGCAUGCAAUCAAACUGUUUGAGGAAAUUAAAGAGAUCCUUCUUUCUUUUUUGAACCCGGGGGCUAACAGGAUGCGCAACCAAAUUUGUGAAGUCCUCGACACGGACCUUAUAAGAAAGCAAGCUGAGCACAAUGCAGUUGAUAUCCAGGGUCUUGCAAAUUAUGUAAUUAGCACCAUGGGGAAGAUGUGUGCUCCAGUAAGGGACAAUGAUAUCAACCAGUUAAAGCCCACUGGGAAUAUUGUAGCAUUGUUGAGGCAAAUAUUCCAUGUUCUGGAUCUCAUGACAAUGGAUAUGGUUAACUUUACCAUAAAGAGUCUUAGACCUCACGUUCAGCGCAACUUGAUAGAUUAUGAAAGAGCAAAAUUCCAAGAUAUACUUGAAGAAACUCCAAGUGCCCUAGACUUGACAACCGAAUGGAUAAGGGAAUCAAUACAAGAGGAACUAUCUUCUAUUUCUUGUGAAAUGUCCUCAUCUCCUGGUGCUAAUGGGAUCUCAAAAGCAAAUCUUAGCCCGAUUGUGGUGUUAACAAACAGCUACCUGAAACUGUUAGAGUGGGAUUAUCAGAAAAAAACAAUUCCAGAGACACUAAUGACAGAUGAAGCUCGCCUUCAAGAAUUAUCCAAGAAAUUGAAUCAGUUGAAAAUUGUAGCGUGUAUUUCUCUCAUAACAAGCAACAUGCUGCCUGCAGUUAUUGAGGAUAUUCCAGACUUCGUUGAGAAACAAAAAAGGAUUUCUUUUGUUUUGCUCGAAGGAAUGCAUAAGGAGACUUUUGAUUUAAAAGAAGCUCUUAAUGCAAUAGGUAUUCAGACAUGUAGUGCAAUAAAUGAAUCACUCACAAAGAGAGGCUUUCAACUAUUAAAUAAAGAAGUUCAAGCAAAUGUGGCAGGUCAGCUCUGCAAUAUUGUUGAAGAAGACAAUGCUGUCAUCACCUUAAUUGGUAAACGGAUUCAUUUGUACAUGAAAAGUAUAUUGCUUGCUUCUCCAUGCUUUCAAAAAUCUAUGCCUACAGUUCCUGGAGGUCUUGGUGUGAUUCAGAAAGAGCUAGAGACUAUUGGAUCCCAGUAUGCUAGCAUUGUUAACCUUAAUAAACAGGUUUAUGGACCAUUCUAUGCAAGUAUCUUUCGAAAACUGCUGUACAAUGAGACAGAAACAAACAAAGCCGAACUUGAGACUUCUACCAACUGAAAUAUGUACAGCUUCUUUUUUGGUCCCUCCUUUUCACAAUAUUUAUAUUGUGAUCUGCAUUUUUCUUUUGACUAUGCAUAGAUUGCAGUGAUGACUGUUAAUGUGAGACAGAGAGAAAUGUGUUUUUAUUAUACAGAUUACAGUCAAAUAAAUAAAAAGUUCCCUCCAAAUUAAAGCAAUUA